ACAGCAGGCAGCGUACCCGUGCGCGACGUUGGGUGCCUAAUUUUUAGCCUGCUUUGUUGCCGCCGAGGCAGGAAGAACGUCGCUCAAACGAUAGUCUGGGCAAGCCAGGACGUUCAUGCGAACGGCUAGACGAGAUCAAGUACGCGUGUAAAGGACCUUGGACGCAAGUAAGGGUUCUAGGAUCAGAAGAAGGCAGGCAGGGCGCACAGGCGAGGGUCGCACGAGGUGAUUCUUCAUUUGCCAUGGACGAAGAUGGCUUCGAGAGCCUCGUCGAGACAAGGACCCACACAGUCGACGACCUUCAUCCCAUGCGCUACUAGAGGUAGAAAGGACGAGACUCUCGACCUCGCACAGUCAUUGCCAAUCCUUGACAAGUACGAACGCAUAGGUGGACGAGGUCCUGAGCUGCGCUACGCAGGUUACGUCAAGGCUAAAGAAGCGGCACGGAGAUGUUUCAAGGCAAGCUGCGCGGCCAUUUACUCCCCCGUCGUCGAGCAGCUUAGCGCCUUCGUGAGCCAGUCCUCUUCUUCGGUCCCCGAGACAAAUCAGUUCUUCCUCCCUGGAUUGAGUGGCGGCGACGAUUCUGCGUCUGGGAGUUCCAUUAGACUUCCGUCUGCAUGCUUGACAGGAGCUCCCCUCAACGCCCACGUCCAAAGAGGACUGAUCGGUCAGCUUACAGGGAAGUACCACUUCGUGCAACUGAACCCAAACGAUGGAUCAUCACUGCCAGCAGCCCUUCGAUUGCUGGUCGCGCAGGCGCUGGCGCAGACUGGAGCAACAUUUUCUACCAACAGUAAGGUAGAAAAGGCGGAUCUGAAGCUCCUUGAUACGUUGCCGAGUGGUGCAACGCUUGUCGUGUCGCUUAGGGGAUCCCCGGCUUGGGGCUCUGAUGUCCUCAAUGAUGUCAUUCAAGCGAUUCAUGGAUAUGUCGCUUGCUCCUCGGGUCCCAAGGUCGUCCUCUUCCUCGACGCACCAGCGGGCCAUCGGUCCCUGCUCGAUGUGCUUCAUCCGGACACGCUUCGACUCAUCGACAUCACCACCUUCACAUUGCCAAGCGGUCGACGCAUAUUUGAGAACUUUGUCGAGGAGCUGUAUUUAGGUGACAGUGCGCCCCAGGUCCAGCUAGGACACGAGACGCUCGAUCUUCUGCGACGGAGAUUUUUUGAGCAGGGUAUUGAGAUCGAUGAUGUCGUCAAGACCGUUGAGCUCGCUCUUUUUCAUCACUUUACUGUCAACCCGCUGAGCGCCUUGCUGGGCCUUGAGGACAAGACGAGCUCAGCGGAUGCGAAUGAGACUUGGCACGCAGCCUUCUUCGAACUGGUUCGGCAGCAUAUCCUUGGCGACAUGGACGGAGGCGAGCUAGCAAUACUUGAAGUCAUGCUUCCAGCUUCCAAGGGCAAGAGUAAGAUGCAAUAUCUUUCGACCCUGAUCGGCGAUGAGGAUGGAACGUCAUCGCAGCAACAUCUUGUAGAGGAUCUCCCGACGUUUUUGCGGGCCCUUGAUCGCUUCCGGCGCGAACGAAGGGUCGGCUUGCGGCUAUUGCAUCGGAUGGAGAAAGCUUUGAGAGCGAGCGGGGUUGCAUCAACGAGGGACCAAGCUGAUGAGGAAGGUGCUUUGGCGCUUGGGCCGAACUCAACGUCGAUGGCUGCGCUCAUAAUAAAGUUGCUUGAGACGGACGAGCGCCAUAACAGCUCUCUGAGUCGGACAACCCUUCUGGACGGAAACCUCUCGAGGCUGGCUGCUGCCAUUCGGAAGCUUGGGGCCAGCGACCUUGCGGCUCUGUUUGAGUUGCUCGACGCAGAUGGCCUGCUGAAACAGUCAUCAUCCCUGCGCAUCAUCAAAGAGUGUCAAGGAAAGAUCGAGGGCGUGCGUGAACAGAAGAGGCUGCAAGAAGAGGUGGACAGAGCAGUGCGGGGGUCACAAGAGGCCAGCCGUCUCGAUCUGGUCCAGAAGCAGCUCUUAAGGCAGGAAGAAUUCGAGGGCGCAAAGAAAGGUCUCGAGACUUGGCUUGUCCAGACGAUCCGAGAUCUUUUGAGACCGUCGAUACGGCCGCCGCUCUACUCCAGCCAGACUUACAAUGCGACGAAACAUCUCGCCUCUCUUAUCGACCCGAACCCUCGAGUCCAUCUUCUUGUUGGUCUAACGGAUCCCAGCUCGUACCUCGUCCCAUCGUCGAUCGAGGCAGAGGAUUCCAUGGACGCGCAGCGAGAGCAACCUGCGCCGCCUGACGUCUGUGUGGCCUACGACCUUUACAGGAAUGCAGGACGUAUGAUCAAUCUCGCCGAUUGGUUCGGUGCCUUUGAGCAUUCUGUCAAGCCCUCAAUGCUGCCUCGGCCAGCUGCGCAGGACAGUGUCGAGGCUGUAAGUGAGUCGCCGACCAAGCGACCGAGAGGAAAGAAACGGAAUUGGCAAGGUGAAGACGAGGACGAGGACGAUGAUGACGACGACAACGACAACGGUCUGGAACCACAGGAGGGAGAAAAAGCAAUGGUGCGGGCCAGGUUCGCGUUGGCCAUCAAUGAGCUCAGCCGGAUGGGCUUGUUGAAGAGAACCAGGAGAAAGGCGGACCACGUCCUGAGGACCAUCUGGGACCUCUCUGCCGCCGAUUUGUAGAGAGCGGUCGUCUUCUUACCAAACCCGCAUUCCUUUGUCCCUACCUCUCGGAAACCUUGUAAGUUGUACUCGUCAUUCAUCGUCAGCGGUCGGCUGCAAUUAUCGAUUUCAUCGCGGAAAAUAUGAACAAAUAG